AGAGGCUUGUCCCGGGCAUCUCCGCAGGGAACGGCGCCCCACGGACACCAAGCUCAGGAUUAACCAGACGGAGGAGGGCAAGGAGCCAUGUUCCCGGCCACGGGACCCCCCAGCUCCCCCCCAGCUCAUGAGGCAAAGAACAGCUCAGGAGGCAGCACCGUGCAGCGCUCCAAGUCCUUCAGCCUGAAGGCACAAGUGAAGGAGAUGUGCACUGCCUGCCAGAAAACCGUGUACCCCAUGGAGCGGCUCGUGGCUGAUAAGUUUGUCUUCCACAACUCCUGCUUCUGCUGCAAGCACUGCCACACCAAGCUCAGCCUGGGCAGCUAUGCAGCGCUCCAUGGGGAAUUCUACUGCAAGCCCCACUUCCAGCAGCUCUUCAAGAGUAAAGGCAACUACGACGAGGGCUUCGGGCGCAAGCAGCACAAGGAGCUGUGGGUGCACAAGGAGGUGGAGAGUGGGACCAAGUCGGCGUGAGCGGGGCCGGCCCAGCCCUCCCUGGAGCACCGGCACGGUGCUGAGCCCGGCGCUAACUGAGCUGAUGUAAAGCAAAGGGGACCCAAGGGCCACGGGAGGUGAGGGUGGGAGGCAGCACAGCUCUCUCUGCAGGAUGUAUAGAGGGGUCCUCUAGGCCA